AUGCCUGUGCUGGUGGUGGCCCCGAGGUCCGAUUUCUGGAAUGCCUCCAAUGAAGACCUAAAUGCAUAUGAUGGUGAGGUCCCAUUCGACUUUGCACCGCUGGCAGGUGCCCUUGACGGUGAAGCAAGGCAAACCGACGAUGCUUCCAAUUCCACUUGGGAGGAAGAUGUGCCACCGGUGCUCUCCCGGCCACCUCGCCGUGAUAGUUAUGGGAAUCGCAUCAUGGUCAUUGUCGACAUCUCUGGCAUUCACCAUAUCGGCGUUGACUGGUGCCAGUGUGAGAUGGCGGUGGAGUGUGACAUGCAGCUUCUUCAAAUGGGACUUUACCCUGGUACCGUCAAGGAUCCCCAUACCACCUUCACAUUCGCCAUCCUUGAUGAUUUCCUUCUGGAGAACAAGGAGUGCAAGACGGCGGCAUUGAACUACUACAGCAAGCUCAAACGGGUCACGAGCAAUGCCUUCCCUGGCACCAUUCCUGACCGUUAUCGUGAGCUGAUGCGAGUGUCCCACCAAUGGCGCCAAUUCAAAUAUCGCAAGUGGCACGGCUUCUCACACAAUGCCCUCCAUCCUGUGGAGAAGGGUGGCCUCGCCAUCUUUUGUCCCACCUGUCCCCAGCCUGGGCUCAACCUGCCUUUCGAUUGGCAAGCAGAUCCAGUCCAGUGGAAGUUCAAACGCGGCUUCGUCAUGGAUGGCAAUUUCAGUGCAGAGCACAUGAAAAUGAAGCACUCCGAGGAGGACGUCGCCCUCAGUGAUGGCCAGGCAUUCAUGGUCAGCCAAGAGGAUUACAAGGCUCAUCUGGCGGUGGCCAUGGAGUCGCAUCAGCGCUCCACUUGUCACGAGCACCGCGCUGUCAAUCAGGCCAAUGUGGAUCGCGCCAAUCUCGACGCCACAGGAAUCAGGGCCACUGCUUGCGCCAGACAUGGUUUCUUCAUCCCUCAUACUGUCGUUGAUUUCCAGAAGGGAGAAAGACAAAUGAAUAUGGAUUACUCUCUCAUCAAUGCACUCCUGACCCUCAUCGGUAUUACCCUCGUCCUUGUCAUGUACGACAUCAUGUGCCAGUUGUUACACGGCAGCGAAACAUGA